AUGUCGAAGUUGGGUCCAAAGAUUAUCAAAGGAACAACUUGGGACGAAGGUGGCAAGACCAAAAUCAUGCAAAUUCUAAUUUCGUAUGGAAAACAUACUGUAUAUUCGAUCCAGUUUGUGUAUGCUGUAAAUGGGAAAACGCUUCCUUCAGAAAUCCAUGGAAAACCCUGUGGUUCGAAAUUUGAUAUCGUGACGUUUGAUGACCCAGAGGAGUAUUUGACUUUUCUAAGUGGUCAAUAUGGCAUAAAGAAAUUGAAUUCGAUUACAUUCGGCACCAACAAGACUAGGUACGGACCCUUUGGAAGUACUCUUAAGAGUUCGGAUCCGCAGUUUGUGUAUAAGUUCAUACCCGCGUUUUCGUUUGGGGGAUUUCAUGGUAGUGUUUACAAGACGUGUCUGUGUUCCAUUGGGGUCUAUGUUAGGCCCCUUGGAUUGAUUGCUGAACCUGAAAUUGAAAUGGAUAUUGGAAGUGAUAAAGGUGAAGAUGAUGAAAGUACUUCUUCAAGAUUGAUGGACUAA